AUGAAGGAAAGUGACGGUUUGUUAUUAGCAGAUGGUUUGAAUGUGUGUGAACCUGUGAAACGUUCUCGACAUCCGCCGUGGUAUCCGCCUUUGAAUGUUGAUGGCAAUGAUGUUUGUGUUCUUAAUUCCAUGACUGAGUGCCUUGAGAAGUUUGCACCUCGUGAGGGGCGGUUGGUGCGGUGGUACACUUGUGGGCCAACGGUAUAUGAUGUCUCUCAUAUGGGCCAUGCGCGCGCUUACCUUACUUUUGAUAUCCUACGGCGCAUUAUGGAAGAUUUCUUUGGGUAUAAAGUAAUUUAUCAGAUGAAUAUUACGGAUAUUGACGAUAAGAUUAUUAAGCGGGCGAGGGUUUCUUCACUUUUGCGUCAUUUUCGCGAUGUGACUCUUGAGGGUGGUAAUAUGGAGAAACUUGUUAAAUUUACAGUGGAAGCGCAGAGAUCGGCUUCGCGUGCCCUCUCGGAGACGAGGGAAAAGUUGUCGCAAGCGCUGCCAGAGGGUACUUCUAGCCGUGUUCGGAUGGAGAGGGAAGAGAAAAUCAUGGAACUCGCACUUAAGGAAACACAGUUCAGUGACACAAGUGGUCGUAUUCAAAGCGCUAUUAAGGCUGGCGACUUUGACGAACUGUUUGAUGCGGCCUCAGGUAUUAACGGUGACCUGCUGGACCAGCUCGAGGGUCACACUGUGACCGACCAAAAAAUAUUUGAUGAUCAUGCACGGCGUUAUGAGCGGCUUUUUUUUGAAGAUAUGAAGCGCCUCGGGGUGAAGGAUCCUGAUGUCAUUACGCGCGUGACAGAGUAUGUUCCGCAAGUGGUCAACUUUAUUCAAAGGAUUAUGGACAACGGUUUCGCCUAUUCUGGCGAAACUUCGGUGUUCUUUGAUACGACCGCUUUCAUACGGGCGGGGCACAACUAUCCAAAGCUAAAGCCCAUAAGCGAGCGCGAUGAAUGCAACACGACCGAAGCCGAAAUGGCGGAAGGUGAGGGCGCACUUGCCGCAUGUGUUGCCGGUGAGAAGCGGAGUCCCAACGAUUUCGCGCUGUGGAAAUUCUCAAAGCCUGGUGAACCCCACUGGCCUUCACCUUGGGGUGCCGGAAGACCGGGUUGGCACAUUGAGUGCUCGGUUAUGGCCUCUGAUAUACUCGGCACAAAUAUGGAUAUUCAUAGUGGUGGAUGCGACCUGAAGUUUCCACACCAUGACAACGAGUGUGCACAGAGUGAAGCAUACAGUAUGCAACAUCAAUGGGUGAACUAUUUUUUGCACUGCGGUCACCUACACAUUAAAGGGCUGAAGAUGAGCAAGAGUCUGAAGAAUUUCAUUACUAUUCGUCAUGCUUUGGAUGACCUGGGUGUAACUCCGCGUACGAUGCGGCUCCUUUUUCUUGCAAACCAAUGGAAUAAGGCAAUGAAUUUCUCUGAUCAAAGCAUUGACGAGGCAAAGGAGCGCGAAAGAGUUUUGCGUUCUUUCUUUGGAAGUGUUGAUAUGGUGCUUCGAAGUGAUACACUGAAAGAAAUACAGGGCUUCAAUGAGCACGACCGCAAGUUGAAUGAGGCCUGGAUUUCCACCGAGAGCGCCGUGGACGCGGCAUUGCGCAACAACUUUGACACCCCCACCGCUAUGGAAGCGAUCAUGGGACUUGUGAGCGAGACAAACCGGUAUCUUGUCACAGGACAACGCCCCAGUGCCACAUUGGUGCACAAGGUCGGUCGUUAUGUUACCCGGAUACUACAGGUAUUUGGUGUGGUGGAUGGGAAUGACAUGGUUGGUUUCACAAAAACACGACAAACGGAUGACCAAUUGGUACCUGUGAUGGAAGCUUUGCUUCGCUUCCGCGAUUCAGUACGUAGUGAAGCUAAGGCUAGCGGUACAACAGCAAACUUUCUUCCCUUAUGUGACGCUAUCCGGGACGAAUGGCUUGCACAGGCCGGUAUCCGAAUAGAGGACAGUCCCAAUGGGCCAACCACGUGGAAGAGAGACGACCCAGCCGUUUUGCUGCGGGAAAUCUCUGAGCGGAGAGAGCAACAGGCCAACGACAGGCGGAGGAAGUUGCAGAACCAAAUUGAGACAAAGAAGAAGCUUGUGGAAAAGUGGAGGAAUUACACAUCCUCUCCGAAAGAUUACUUCAAGAUGCAAAGCGGGAGUGUGUACGCCACCUUCGACGAGGAAACUGGACUCCCCACCAGUAACUCACGUGGUGAAGUAGUUGGGGAAAAGGAACUGAAGAAGCUUUCAAAGGAGUUGGCCAAGUAUGCAAAAGCACACGAAGAAUUCAAUUCAAAGGGCGGGAUGGAGUGGCUUUUGGAACAAGAGCAAGAACUGGCCAACAUGCAAGAGAGCUUAAAAAGCACCGAAGUAUCAUAG